GUGCGCAAGGCCACGGAUAAGUGCAUCGUGUCAUAUUCGGGCCCCGACGAGCCGGCGAAGCCACCGCCACGGCCUACCGAUCGCUAUACGGGGCGUACAGUGCGCAAGGCCACGGAUAAGUGCAUCGUGUCAUAUUCGGGCCCCGACGAGCCGGCGAAGCCACCGCCACGGCCUACCGAUCGCUAUACGGGGCGUACAGUGCGCAAGGCCACGGAUAAGUGCAUCGUGUCAUAUUCGGGCCCCGACGAGCCGGCGAAGCCACCGCCACGGCCUACCGAUCGCUAUACGGGGCGUACAGUGCGCAAGGCCACGGAUAAGUGCAUCGUGUCAUAUUCGGGCCCCGACGAGCCGGCGAAGCCACCGCCACGGCCUACCGAUCGCUAUACGGGGCGUACAGUGCGCAAGGCCACGGAUAAGUGCAUCGUGUCAUAUUCGGGCCCCGACGAGCCGGCGAAGCCACCGCCACGGCCUACCGAUCGCUAUACGGGGCGUACAGUGCGCAAGGCCACGGAUAAGUGCAUCGUGUCAUAUUCGGGCCCCGACGAGCCGGCGAAGCCACCGCCACGGCCUACCGAUCGCUAUACGGGGCGUACAGUGCGCAAGGCCACGGAUAAGUGCAUCGUGUCAUAUUCGGGCCCCGACGAGCCGGCGAAGCCACCGCCACGGCCUACCGAUCGCUAUACGGGGCGUACAGUGCGCAAGGCCACGGAUAAGUGCAUCGUGUCAUAUUCGGGCCCCGACGAGCCGGCGAAGCCACCGCCACGGCCUACCGAUCGCUAUACGGGGCGUACAGUGCGCAAGGCCACGGAUAAGUGCAUCGUGCCAUAUUCGGGCCCCGACGAGCCGGCGAAGCCACCGCCACGGCCUACCGAUCGCUAUACGGGGCGUACAGUGCGCAAGGCCACGGAUAAGUGCAUCGUGUCAUAUUCGGGCCCCGACGAGCCGGCGAAGCCACCGCCACGGCCUACCGAUCGCUAUACGGGGCGUACAGUGCGCAAGGCCACGGAUAAGUGCAUCGUGUCAUAUUCGGGCCCCGACGAGCCGGCGAAGCCACCGCCACGGCCUACCGAUCGCUAUACGGGGCGUACAGUGCGCAAGGCCACGGAUAAGUGCAUCGUGUCAUAUUCGGGCCCCGACGAGCCGGCGAAGCCACCGCCACGGCCUACCGAUCGCUAUACGGGGCGUACAGUGCGCAAGGCCACGGAUAAGUGCAUCGUGUCAUAUUCGGGCCCCGACGAGCCGGCGAAGCCACCGCCACGGCCUACCGAUCGCUAUACGGGGCGUACAGUGCGCAAGGCCACGGAUAAGUGCAUCGUGUCAUAUUCGGGCCCCGACGAGCCGGCGAAGCCACCGCCACGGCCUACCGAUCGCUAUACGGGGCGUACAGUGCGCAAGGCCACGGAUAAGUGCAUCGUGCCAUAUUCGGGCGCCAACGAGCCGGCGAAGCCACCGCCACGGCCUACCGAUCGCUAUACGGGGCGUACAGUGCGCAAGGCCACGGAUAAGUGCAUCGUGUCAUAUUCGGGCCCCGACGAGCCGGCGAAGCCACCGCCACGGCCUACCGAUCGCUAUACGGGGCCUCCAUACGUGCGCAAGGCCAUGGUUAGGUGUAUCGUGCCAUAUUCGGGCGCCAACGAGCCGGCGAAGCCACCGCCACGGCCUACCGAUCGCUAUACGGGGCGUACAGUGCGCAAGGCCACGGAUAAGUGCAUCGUGUCAUAUUCGGGCCCCGACGAGCCGGCGAAGCCACCGCCACGGCCUACCGAUCGCUAUACGGGGCGUACAGUGCGCAAGGCCACGGAUAAGUGCAUCGUGUCAUAUUCGGGCCCCGACGAGCCGGCGAAGCCACCGCCACGGCCUACCGAUCGCUAUACGGGGCCUCCAUACGUGCGCAAGGCCAUGGUUAGGUGUAUCGUGCCAUAUUCGGGCGCCAACGAGCCGGCGAAGCCACCGCCACGGCCUACCGAUCGCUAUACGGGGCGUACAGUGCGCAAGGCCACGGAUAAGUGCAUCGUGUCAUAUUCGGGCCCCGACGAGCCGGCGAAGCCACCGCCACGGCCUACCGAUCGCUAUACGGGGCGUACAGUGCGCAAGGCCACGGAUAAGUGCAUCGUGUCAUAUUCGGGCCCCGACGAGCCGGCGAAGCCACCGCCACGGCCUACCGAUCGCUAUACGGGGCGUACAGUGCGCAAGGCCACGGAUAAGUGCAUCGUGUCAUAUUCGGGCCCCGACGAGCCAGCGAAGCCACCGCCACGGCCUACCGAUCGCUAUACGGGGCGUACAGUGCGCAAGGCCACGGAUAAGUGCAUCGUGUCAUAUUCGGGCCCCGACGAGCCGGCGAAGCCACCGCCACGGCCUACCGAUCGCUAUACGGGGCCUCCAUACGUGCGCAAGGCCAUGGUUAGGUGUAUCGUGCCAUAUUCGGGCGCCAACGAGCCGGCGAAGCCACCGCCACGGCCUACCGAUCGCUAUACGGGGCGUACAGUGCGCAAGGCCACGGAUAAGUGCAUCGUGUCAUAUUCGGGCCCCGACGAGCCGGCGAAGCCACCGCCACGGCCUACCGAUCGCUAUACGGGGCCUCCAUACGUGCGCAAGGCCACGGAUAAGUGCAUCGUGCCAUAUUCGGGCGCCAACGAGCCGGCGAAGCCACCGCCACGGCCUACCGAUCGCUAUACGGGGCGUACAGUGCGCAAGGCCACGGAUAAGUGCAUCGUGUCAUAUUCGGGCCCCGACGAGCCGGCGAAGCCACCGCCACGGCCUACCGAUCGCUAUACGGGGCGUACAGUGCGCAAGGCCACGGAUAAGUGCAUCGUGUCAUAUUCGGGCCCCGACGAGCCGGCGAAGCCACCGCCACGGCCUACCGAUCGCUAUACGGGGCGUACAGUGCGCAAGGCCACGGAUAAGUGCAUCGUGUCAUAUUCGGGCCCCGACGAGCCGGCGAAGCCACCGCCACGGCCUACCGAUCGCUAUACGGGGCGUACAGUGCGCAAGGCCACGGAUAAGUGCAUCGUGUCAUAUUCGGGCCCCGACGAGCCGGCGAAGCCACCGCCACGGCCUACCGAUCGCUAUACGGGGCGUACAGUGCGCAAGGCCACGGAUAAGUGCAUCGUGUCAUAUUCGGGCCCCGACGAGCCGGCGAAGCCACCGCCACGGCCUACCGAUCGCUAUACGGGGCGUACAGUGCGCAAGGCCACGGAUAAGUGCAUCGUGUCAUAUUCGGGCCCCGACGAGCCGGCGAAGCCACCGCCACGGCCUACCGAUCGCUAUACGGGGCGUACAGUGCGCAAGGCCACGGAUAAGUGCAUCGUGUCAUAUUCGGGCCCCGACGAGCCGGCGAAGCCACCGCCACGGCCUACCGAUCGCUAUACGGGGCGUACAGUGCGCAAGGCCACGGAUAAGUGCAUCGUGUCAUAUUCGGGCCCCGACGAGCCAGCGAAGCCACCGCCACGGCCUACCGAUCGCUAUACGGGGCGUACAGUGCGCAAGGCCACGGAUAAGUGCAUCGUGUCAUAUUCGGGCCCCGACGAGCCGGCGAAGCCACCGCCACGGCCUACCGAUCGCUAUACGGGGCGUACAGUGCGCAAGGCCACGGAUAAGUGCAUCGUGUCAUAUUCGGGCCCCGACGAGCCGGCGAAGCCACCGCCACGGCCUACCGAUCGCUAUACGGGGCGUACAGUGCGCAAGGCCACGGAUAAGUGCAUCGUGUCAUAUUCGGGCCCCGACGAGCCGGCGAAGCCACCGCCACGGCCUACCGAUCGCUAUACGGGGCGUACAGUGCGCAAGGCCACGGAUAAGUGCAUCGUGUCAUAUUCGGGCCCCGACGAGCCGGCGAAGCCACCGCCACGGCCUACCGAUCGCUAUACGGGGCGUACAGUGCGCAAGGCCACGGAUAAGUGCAUCGUGUCAUAUUCGGGCCCCGACGAGCCGGCGAAGCCACCGCCACGGCCUACCGAUCGCUAUACGGGGCGUACAGUCGGCAUGCCGCCUGAACAUCGCGAAUACGCCGCUACGCACUGCUAG